AUGGCUCAGGCCAACCUCACGCCCCGAGACGGAGCUGCUGGACAGCAUGUCACUGCCAGUUUCAUUCCCACUCCCGCUGCAACAGGAGAGCUGCAGGAGGAUGGCCUGGCAGCAGGUCUGUGUGUGUGUGUCCUGCUGAGUGUGGUGGCCCCAUCCCCUUCCUGCCCAGACCACACGGCUAACCAAAACCCAAUUGGAGGAGGCGACCAAGCCUCCAUGCCAAUCAUAGAGGUGUACCAGAGAAGCAGAGCGUGGCCAAAACCAUACCUGCCCAUCCGGAAAAACAUAUCUGUCCCUCAACUUCCUCUUUCUGCCCAGAGCUGUUAUCAGAGCGAGGAGAUGAGUGACUGUGGAGGCCCUGCUCUGCCUCUGUGA